UAUUCGUCCACGGUUUAUAACCCGUAUUUUGGCGCGACGAUAGGAAGAGUAGCAAACCGUAUAAAAAACGGAGAAUUUACCUUGAACGGGAAAACGUAUCAUUUAGCCAAGAAUGCGGGGCAAAACACGCUUCACGGUGGUUUUAAAGGGUGGAAUUCAAAAAUAUGGAACGCUGCUGUUCAACGUGAUCAACUUGCGUUUUCUCUACUGAGCGAGGACGGUGACGAAGGUUUUCCUGGGGACGCGAUAGCUUCGGUCAUUUUUCGAUUAACCGCCGAUGGCGAGUUACGCAUCGAGAUGAAAGUUUUCGUUACGAAAGCUACACCUAUCAACUUGACUAACCAUAGUUACUUCAAUCUAGCUGGUCAUGUUCGUAAACCAACCAAUUUAGAAAUCUUUGUCAUCAUCUGUCUGUCGGCAACGUUCGCGCACAAAAUGGAUCGUUGGACAGUCACGGACGCAGAAAGUAUUCCAACGGGAGAAAUACGAUCGGUUCUCGACGAUACAGCGAUGGACUUGAGAAACUCGACUGUACUCGGAGACGUUAUCGGCAAAGUACCAGGUGGUGGUGGUGGUUACGAUCAUAAUUUUUGUUUAAGGGUAAGCGAUACCGCAAACGAAACUAAUCUUGUUGCCAGAGUUUUACAUCCUACAUCUGGAAGAUAUUUACAAGUCUUUUCAAAUCAACCUGGAGUGCAAUUUUAUACGGCCAACUUUUUGCCUGAACGCGACAGUGCGAGUAUUCGAGGAAAGAACGGAACCGCGUAUUUCAAACAUGGUGCAUUCUGUUUAGAAACGCAAAAUUAUCCGGACGCGGUUAAUCAUGUAAGUAUAAGUUAAAAUUUGAAACUAAAUGACACUUUUUUCUGUUAUGUAUAAAUGUAACCACCAAAGUAAAUUAAAUAGUAUAUGCUUCUUUGUUUUUUUUAUUAUUAUUCCAAGUCGAUAUCAUUGCACUAACGCUUACAGGAGAAUUUUCCUAACAGUAUACUCGAACCUGGCCAAGUUUAUUAUCACGCUGUUAUAUACAAGUUUGGAGUAGUUGCA